UAACAAUUGAGAAAUAGUGCAAUCAAAUGAUAAAUGUUACUGGAACAGUGGAAACGUAAUUUUACAUGAAUUAAUCUCUCGGAAAAUUGAUUUGAGACAAUUUUUUUAAAUUCAGUGAAGUAACAAUAGCAGAAAAUUAUGAAUCCCCAAAUUAGUGAAGAAAAUAAGCCGAAAAAUACGUCUAAGGACGUUAUCCUGGAACUUAAUAAUAUUAAUGAUGCUAAUAACAAUGAUCGUAAAGAUUCACAAAAAACAUUUUUGACUGGAAAUUGGUUAAAUAUCGGUUUUGCGAUGUUAAAAGUAUUUUGUGGAGUCUUGUUUGGUGCUGCAAUAUGUACUUGUGCAUACAUUAUUUAUGGACCAUCACUUUUACAUCCUAGCAUCAUUAGUGCCGAUAACCUUAAUUCAAAUGAAAUUCAUAAUACUCCUGAUUUCCUUGUUAAAUUUUCAUUUAGUGAUGGUAAAAAUGUAGGCUAUGGAUUAACGGGAGUUGUACUAAAUGGAAGUAUGAUAACAACAAAUCAGCAUGGCUUUGACCAAGAACCGGGUGUAUAUUUACAUGAAGGACGCUUAGGUGGAACAUUUGAAAAUAAUUUUGAAGAUGCAGUAAAGAUCGAUGCUUCUCAUCUCAAUUACACUUUUGAUCCCAACUUUAAUACAACUGGUGAUAUUAUGUUCAUUGAUUUAAAGAUCCCAAUGAACGGUACUCAAUCAUUUGUACUUCCUUCUCGCAAUGCUGAAUUAAGUAAGGAAAUGAUAAUGACAAUAUGGAAAGAACUUGAUAGCCACAACAUGGAAACAGAUGAAGUCAUUGUUAAAACAAUCUCGAAUGCUAAAUGCAAAGAUAUUUAUGAGCCUUUAAAUAUUACCAUUGAUUUUGAAAAAUGUUUUUGUGCUGAUACUGGAGUCAUUGAAAAAGGAAAUAGCGGUAUGCCGCUAUUCACAAUAGAUGAUAAAGGGAACAAAAUCUUAUGGGGACUGCUGUCUCGUGGAUCUGUAGGACGUAAUGACUUGCCGAGCAUUAUUGUAGACAUUCGUGUAUACUCAGAUGUAAUAAGAAUUUUGCAAGAGCAACAUAAGCAGUUAAGAGCCUCUGUUGAGUAAUCGUUAAGGCGCUUGGCUCAAAUACUAAUGAUACAAAAGGAUUCCAUCUAAACUAAUUGUUCAUUCACAUUGAUUCUGACCGACAAUAGAAUCUGUUGUUCC